AUGGCUAGCCCUCCUGUGCUAGCUUUCGAUACUGAGGGCCGCCCAGUGAGGUUCGAAACCUGGCUAGAUGACCUACACCUCUUCCUACAGCUCACUGCCAAGGAGGACAUCUCACUGUACGAUCACGCCCUAGGCCAUGCUACUGCUCCUGCUGCUACUGCUGACAGCACCACCCGCUCACAGUGGCAGACUCGUGACGCCCACGCUCGCUUCGCUAUUCGCAACUCCCUGCCGAUAGAUGAGCGCGAGCACUUUGGGCAGCACAAGACUGCACAGGCACUGUACACUGCUGUCGUUGCCCGCUACUCCUCACCGGCCUCUGCCGCACUAGGCCGUCUCUCUCUUCCCUACCUGUUCCCCGACUUAGCCUGUUUCCACACAGUCGCUGACCUCAUUACGCACCUCCGCACUAGUGAAGCUCGCUUCCGCGCCGCCAUGCCUGAUGAGUUCCUUGCCAAGAACCCACCCCCGCUCUGGCUCACUCUCUACCACCUAGUCACCCGCCUCCCUGACACUCUGCGCUCAGUCAGGGACCACUUCCUAGCUCGCUGCCCCACUGAGCUCACCAUUACCCUCCUCGAGAAGGAACUCCUUGCAGCUGAGGCUAGCAUAGUCGCUGUAGCUGCUGCUGUCGACCUCCUUGGUGCUGAGAAGGUCGUGACUGCGUCUGCUUUGAGCGGGCGCCGCAGCGGCAAGGGCAAAGGGGGCAAGGGCGGUGGCGGUGACAGCGGGGGAGGCGGUGGUGGGGGCGGUGGCGGUGGUGGGGGUGGUGGCGCAACUGGAGGGGCUAGUGGCAGCGGUGGGGGUGGUGGCGGCAGCGGCGGGGGAGGUGGCAGGGGCGGAGGCGGUGGUGGGGGUGGCAGUGGACGCGGCGGCGGCAGGGGUUGGGGUGGUCGAGGAGGUGGCAGCGGCGGUGGUGGUCGUGGAGGCGCUGGCGGUGGCCAGGGCCAGCAGCACACUCCGUCACCCCAGGAGGUCCGUGAGUGGUACUCUCAGCACGGGGGGGGGGGUGGCUUUAGCUGCACGUACGUCAUUCGCACUGGUGACCGCACUGGUCAGCCGUGUGGGGGACCGCACGCCACACAGCGCUGCUUCGCUCGUCUCAACGACGCUUGGCGUGUUCAGUUCCCUCAGGCCACUGAGCUGCCCCGCUGGGUUGAUCUCCUGAAGAAGGGGAUUGAUAUCUAUGCUCUAGACUUUGAUGCUAUUCUAACUGCUAUGUAUGUGAUGUCUACUUGUGGAGAGGGUGCUGAGUACCUGUGUGUGCCGCCCGACCCGGGCAUUAGGACUAGUGCGUCUGCCGCUCCAGGUACUCACGUGUCUGCUACCCCAGGUGCUGGUGAGGCAGCUGCUCUAGGUGCUUGUACGUCUGCCCCCCCUGGUACUGAGUCGACUGCAGCACUGCACACCUUCACGCUGGACUCAGGUGCUUCUCGCUGCUUCUUUCGUGACCGCACUGCCCUUGAGCCGCUUACUCGGCCAGUUGCUGUCUCCCUCGCUGACCCCUCUGGGGGUCCGGUCAUUGCGACCUCCUCCACUGUCCUUCCCUGUCCUGCGGUCCUGUCGGGCACACUGUCAGGUCUCCACCUCCCCUCGUUCUCUACGAACUUGGUGGCAGGUUGUGCACUCCAGGACGGGGGUGUUCACCAGUUCACCCCUGCCUACGAGCGCGUGACACACUGCACGUGUGCUCGUACGGGCCGCCACUUGGCUACCUUCACACGGCAGCCGGGGUCGGACCUGUACACACUGACCACUGAGUCCCCUCAGGUCGCUGCGUCUGCGUCUGCGUCCGCGUCAGGUCAGCUCUCUGCCCCCUGCUCGUGUCGCUCUCUGGCGCACGAGACUGUCCUCUGGCACCACCGACUUGGUCACCCGUCUGUGCAGCGCCUUCGUGCCAUGCACUCCCGGUACCUUGUCUCUGGUCUUCCCAGGGUCCUCCCUCCCCUCCCGCCCUCGCCUGCUCCUCCCUGCCUUCCCUGUGUCGAGGGGCGGCAGCGCGCCGCUCCUCACUCCUCCUCGUUUCCCCCGACUACUGCUCCCUUGCAGACGCUCCACAUGGACGUGUGGGGCCCAGCCCGCGUCCGUGGUCAGGGUCAGGAGAGGUACUUCCUGAUAGUUGUUGACGACUACUCGCGCUACACCACGGUCUUCCCCUUGCGCACCAAGGGUGAGGUCCCUGAUGUCUUGAUCCCUUGGAUCCGCAGAGCCCGUCUCCAGCUCAGCGAGCGUUUUCACUCGGACUUUCCUGUCCUGCGCUUGCACUCUGACAGAGGUGGUGAGUUCUCCUCCGACCUCUUGGCAGCCUACUGUGCUGACCACGGCAUUGAGCAGUCGUUCACGCUUCCGGCCUCUCCACAGCAGAAUGGGGUUGCAGAGCGCCGCAUUGGCCUGGUCAUGGAGGUCGCCCGUACCUCCUUGAUCCAUGCGGCUGCCCCCCACUUUCUGUGGCCGUUUGCGGUCCGGUACGCUGCGCAUCAGCUCAACCUCUGGCCCCGUGUCUCCUUGCCGGAGACCUCGCCCACACUGCUGUGGACGGGGGAGGUUGGCGAUGCGUCGCGUUUCCGGGUCUGGGGAUCUCGAGCUUUUGUCCGCGAUACGUCUGCGGACAAGCUCUCCUCCCGUGCUGUUCCCUGCGUCUUCCUCGGCUUUGUCCCGGACGCACCUGGUUGGCAGUUUUACCACGCCACCUCGCGCCGAGUCUUGCCCUCUCAGGACGUCACUUUUGACGAGUCCGUCCCCUACUACCGCCUCUUCCCCUACCGCACUGCCCCGCUCCCCCCCCCGCCUCUCUUCCUCGCGCCAGAUGCUGCUGUCGUAGACCCCCUCCCCCCUCAGGGUGCCGCUCCCUCAGGUGUGUCUCAGGUAGACCCGGUUGAGCCUGUUGAGGUAGCUGUCGACUCUCGUCCUGCUGCGGGUGCUGAGCCUGGGGGUGCGGAGCCUGGGGGUGCGGAGCCUGGGGGUGCUGAGCUUGGGGGUGCGGAGCUUGGGGGUACUGAGCCUGGGGGUGCUGAGCCUGGGGGUGCGGAGCUUGGGGGUACUGAGCCUGGGGGUGCUGAGGCUGGGGGUGCUGAGCCGCAGAGUCCGGAGUCUGGGGGUUCUGAGUCUGGAGGUCCUGAGCCUGAGAGUCCUACACCUGGAGGAGCCCUCUCCUCGGAGCAGCUGCGUGAGCGGUACUUACAGUACUGCAGCCUCAGGAGAGGUACCUCUGGGGCCAGGCGUCCUACUCGGACUGGUGCUAGUGCUUCUCCUCCUAGCCGGGAGCUCCCCUCCCGUGAGCGGAUCCGUGAGUGGUACGUGCGCCGCUGCACUCUUCGGAGUGGCGCGCCUGGUGUCGCGGACCCCACUGCUGCCGUUGGAGCUGCUGCUGGUGCUGAGGACCCGGGCGUUGGAGCUGCUGCUGGUGCUGAGGACCCGGGCGUUGGAGCUGCUGCUGGUACUGCGGGCCCGGGCGUUGGAGCUACUGCUGGUUCUGAGGACCCUGGCGCUGGUGCUGCUGCUGGUGCUGUGGAGUCGGGCGUUGGAGCUGCUGCUGGUGCUGAGGACCCGGGAGUUGGAGCUGCUGCUGUUGCUGAGGACCCUGGUGCUGGUGUCUCUGCUGGUUCUGGAGUCGCUGCCCGACACCGGCCGUACUUCGUUCCGCUCCUUCAGCAGGUUCUUGGUCUCCCGCCUUCUCCCGGUCCUCCUCCUCCCUUCGAGUGUCCACAGCCUGUCCAGUCACAGUUACAGUUACAGCCCGCCUCCCCACUGCCUGCUCCUUCUCCCUACACUGGUCCUACUGGAGGUCUUGCUGAGCGUCGUGAGCCUGCGUCUCGCCCUGCGUCGCCUGUCCGUGCUGCUCGCACUAGUGGUCACAGUUCGCGUCAGCGUCCUCCUCCUGUCCCUGGCACGCACCGGAUGUCUCUGCGUCCGUCCACUGCUCCUCUGCGUGCCCCUUUGCCUUCUCCUCCUGAGUCCUCUCUUCCUGCUCUUCCCGACCCGGAGUCGGACUCUCUUCGUGCUGCCAGUCCUACUGUCACGCGUCUCCUUGCUACUGUCGUUACUGACCCUUCCUUUGCGUCCACUGCUGCGUCUGCCCUAGUUGCUGAGCUCGUCGACUUUGCUGCUCGCUGUCGUCUAGACUACGCUGCUUGUCUUGUCGCUGAGUCUGAGUCUGUCUGUCCUCCGUCCGUCGGGGGUGAGUGUGCCCUUGGCACGGACGUCCUUGAGGACAGGCAGGAGGAGUUCCAGUGUUUGGCUGCUGCUUCACCUCAUCUCGUGUCCGUACUGCUUACCCCUGAGGGAGACCCGGAUGCACUUGACAUCCCGACUCCGCGCUCUUACGCGGAGGCGAUAGAGGGUCCCUACUCUUCUCAGUGGCAGGCAGCUAUGGAUGCAGAGAUGGCUUCCUGGAAGUCCACAGGCACCUACGUUGACGCUGUCCCCCCUCCUGGGGCGAACAUCGUCAGUGGCAUGUGGAUUUUCAGGGUGAAGCGGCCGCCGGGUUCUCCGCCUGUCUUCAAGGCGCGUUACGUGGCUCGUGGCUUCAGUCAGCGGCAGGGAGUUGACUACUUUCAGACCUUCUCUCCCACCCCGAAGAUGACCACUCUUCGGGUACUGCUGCACGUAGCUGCUCACCGUGACUACGAGCUACACUCUCUUGACUUCAGCACUGCUUUCCUGCAGGGCAGCCUGCACGAGGAGAUCUGGCUGCGCCGCCCACUUGGCUUCACUGGGACUUUUCCUCCUGGCACCCAGUGGAGCCUCCGGCGGCCAGUCUACGGUCUCCGCCAGGCACCGCGUGAGUGGCACGACACACUGAGGACUACGCUUGCGGCCCUUGGGUUUGCUCCCUCUACUGCCGACCCGUCGCUGUUUCUACGCACCGACACUUCUCUGCCGCCGUUCUACAUCCUCGUGUACGUCGACGACUUGGUCUUUGCCACAGCUGACACUGCUGGACUCGCCUACGUGAAGUCCGAGCUGCAGAAGAGACACUCGUGCACAGACCUGGGUGAACUGCGCAGCUACCUUGGCUUGCAGAUCACCCGGGACAGAGCACGCCGCACCAUCACCCUGACUCAGUCACACAUGGUGCAGCAGGUCCUUCAGCGCUUCGGCUUCACGUACUCCUCGCCUCAGGCCACUCCUCUGCCUACUCGCCAUUCGCUCUCAGCUCUGCCUUCGGAUGAGUCCGUAGAGUCGAGUGGCCCGUACCCAGAGCUUGUUGGCUGCCUCAUGUACCUGAUGACCUGCACGCGACCUGUCCUUGCAUACCCUCUUAGCAUUCUCGCACGCUAUGUUGCUCCUGGGAGACACCGACCAGAGCACAUGGCUGCAGCGAAGAGGGUGUUGCGCUACUUGUGCAGUACGUCGGGCAUGGGGCUAGUGCUUGGAGGGCGGAGUCCAGUGGUCCUCACUGGUCACGCAGACGCUUCUUGGGCUGACGACCAGGCUACGCAGCGGUCGUCACAGGGUUACACCUUCAGCCUUGGUUCCGGCUCUGUUUCGUGGCGGGCUACUCGCUCGUCUUCUGUUCUCGGCUCCAGUUGUGAGGCUGAGAUCUACGCAGGGGCCAUGGCUGCUCAGGAGCUUCGCUGGCUUACCUACCUGCUGACCGACCUUGGAGAGCCGCCUCGUUCUCCUCCAGUCCUGUACGUAGACAACAAGGCCAUGCUGGCCUUGUGUCGAGAGCAGAGACUGGAGCACAGAACAAAGCACAUUGCUCUCCGCUACUUCCUUGCUCGUGAGCUACAGCAGCGUGGUCAGUUGCGGCUUACGUACGUGGCCUCUGAGGCCAACACUGCUGAUGUCUUCACCAAGGCACUUGCGCCUUGUGAUCAUCAGCGCUUCUGUACCCAGCUGGGUCUUGUGCCUGUCUUGCCUCACUUGCUCACCUCUUGA